AUUCUCAAUAAGAUCCCAAUAUGGCUUUCAAGAAAUUCUCCAUUUUUAUCAAUCUCUUUGUAUCCCAUUUUCUUCCCUUCUUUUUGUUAAUGACAUCUUUGUCCUUAGCAGAUGACCAUGAAUCCAUUUGCCAAUCAACAAUAGACCCUUCUUAUUGCAAAAACAUGCUUGCAAAUCAAAAUCGCAACAUAUUUGACUAUGGCUGUUUCUCAUUCCAAAAAUCAAUAUCCCAAACCCAAAAAUUCCUAAACCAAGUUAACUCAUAUCUCCAAAAUACACACACUUUGUCACAAUACACAAUUGGGGCACUCCAAGAUUGCACCUUUCUUUCUCAACAAAGCUUAGAGUAUUUAUCAAACACCUUCACCACAAUCAAUCAAACUAGUAAUAAUAAUAAUAAUCUUCUUCCAUCUUCACAAGCUGAAGAUUUUCAAACAUUUCUUAGUGGGGUUUUGACCAACCAACAAACUUGCUUAGACGGUUUAUCAUUACAAACCUCUGCUUCUAAUUCGGAUCAAGAUUUGAAGAAUGAACUAUCUUCAUCAUUAUCCAAUGACACGAAACUCCAUAGUGUUUCCCUUGCUUUGUUCACAAAAGCUUGGGUACCAAGCAAGAAAAUCAUAACAUCAUGGCCAAACAACAAGCACAACUUCAAUUUCCAUCAUGGAAAUCUACCAUUGAAGAUGUCCAAAAAAGCUCAAGAAAUUUAUGAUCAUGCUAAGAAUUCCAAGCAUGGGAGGAAAUUGCUCCAAAAUAAUGCGAACAACGGCAGCAGCAGCGGCGGCGAUCAGAGUGUUUUGGUGAGUGAUAUUGUGGUUGUGAGCCAAGAUGGGAGUGGAAACUUUACAAGCAUAAAUGAUGCCAUUGGUGCAGCACCAAAUAAUAGUGUUGCUAGUGAUGGAUACUUCUUUAUCUUUGUAAGUGAAGGUGUGUAUGAAGAGUAUGUUUCCAUUGAUAAGACCAAGAAGUACCUUAUGAUGGUUGGUGAAGGGAUUAACCGCACAAUCAUCACUGGUAGUCACAAUGUUGUUGAUAAUUUCACAACAUUCAAUUCCGCAACAUUUGCUGUGGUAGGUCAAGGGUUUGUAGCAGUAAACAUAACAUUCCGAAAUACUGCUGGACCAAGCAAGAACCAAGCAGUUGCUUUAAGAAGUGGUUCAGAUUUGUCCACCUUUUAUAGUUGCAGUUUUGAAGGAUACCAAGACACACUUUAUACGCAUUCUCUUAGACAAUUUUAUAGAGAGUGUGAUAUUUAUGGUACAGUUGAUUUCAUAUUUGGUAACGCUGCUGUGGUGUUUCAAGAUUGUAACAUCUAUCCUCGCCUUCCAAACAAAGGACAGUUCAAUACUAUCACUGCACAAGGCAGAACCGAUCCAAAUCAAAACACAGGAACUUCGAUUCAGAAUGCAACCGUAAAACCUGCCGAUGAUUUAGCACCAAAUGUUGGUAGUGUUCAAACAUACCUUGGUAGGCCAUGGAAGAAUUAUUCAGUGACAGUGUUCAUGGAAUCAUUCAUGGAUGGUUUCAUAAACUCCGCAGGUUGGCAUGAAUGGAGUGGUGAUUUUGCACUUAGUACAUUGUACUAUGCUGAAUUCAACAACACUGGGAAUGGUUCUGACACUUCUAACCGUGUUACAUGGCCUGGUUAUCAUGUUAUUAAUGCUACCGAUGCAGCUAAUUUUACGGUUUCUAAUUUCUUGAGUGGAGAUAAUUGGAUUCCUCAAACUGGUGUUCCAUAUUUGAGUGGAUUAAAUUGAUGCAGUUAGUUAUAAAUCCAAGUUAAUUAGAGACCAAAGUUGUUCAAUUAUUAUUC